AUGACCACUCCUCCGCCCAUCAAGCGCCAGAAGCGCGAAGAAUACCGCCGUGAGCUUGCAGCACAGCAAGCCGUUGGCCAUGGCGACGUCGAAGUGAAGCUGCCGCAGAAGAGAUUCUUCCGCCAGCGCGCGCAUGCGAAUCCCUUCUCGGAUCACAAACUUGAAUAUCCCCUCUCCCCGGCGCACAUGGACUGGUCUCCACACUAUCCUGCCUUCGUGGACAACGAUUCGUCCCAAAUAAAUCUCGCCGGUGCGCGCAAGCUGACAAAGGAUGUCGAGGUCGUGGACAUUGGGUGUGGAUUCGGAGGAUUGCUCAUUGGGCUGGCACCAUUGUUACCUGAGACUUUGAUGGUCGGUAUGGAAAUCCGUAUCUCAGUGUUGGAAUUCGUCACCUCCCGGAUUCAAGCAUUACGCGCCCAGCAACACAGACUGAAGGCCGCCGCCGCAUCCCAAAACUCAGAGGCAGCUCUCGCCGAGGUGAAGAAAGCCGCCGAGGAGGCAAAUGUCGGAGGUCAACAGGCUGAUGAGGCCGGCACCAUGAGCUCCAUUAUCCCCGGCAACUAUGAGAACGUCGCCGGAAUCCGGAGCAACACGAUGAAGUUCCUUCCCAACUUCUUCGGCCACCACCAGCUCUCCAAGAUCUUUAUCUGCUUCCCGGAUCCGCAUUUCAAAGCGCGCAAGCACAAGAUGCGCAUUAUUUCCGAAUCUCUGAAUGCUGAAUACGCCUACGUGUUGCGGCCUGGUGGAUUGUUGUAUACCAUUACCGACGUGGAGGAAUAUCACCAUUGGGUGUUGCGGCACUUCCAGUACGGAACUGAUCAGGACGGAGAAGCUGAGCGGAAGGCUGGUGGGAUUAAGGAUCUCUGGGAGCGAGUUCCCGACGAGGAAUUGGAGGCUGAUCCUUGCGUGCGAGUUAUGAAGUUUGAGACGGAGGAGUCGAAGAAGGUUACCCGUAACAAGGGUAACAAGUACGUGGCGGUGUUCAGACGCAAGGCAGAUCCCGAAUGGGCUUGA